AUGCAGAACGAGAUUAAUUCUACGUAUGAUAGUCUCACCACCAGCUCCGCUACCUCCUCCGCCGACAAAUCCACCAACGCCGACUCCGGUGCAAAUUAUCCAUUCCUCUCCCAUGCAUCUUUGAACUAUCUGAACUCCAUUAAUACUUCCUUCUACUCCACACUCUUCCCUCAAAGCUACUCACCGCACUCUCCCUCCGAUACUACGUCGUUUGAUGACGGUGACUCCGCCGCCACGGAGCGGCGCCUCCGGGAUGCGAGUUGCAUUUUGGAAUACCAGCAGCUCUACAACAGCUACACCGUCUGCCUCGCCAAGCUCCAGGAAUUCAUGGAUGAAGGCGACUCUCUCCGCCGCGAGAACGACGCAAUCCGCCUCUCCAAUGCUGAGAUCGCCCAUCGCCUCAGUCUCCUAAUCUCCGAACUGAAUCCCUCCACCACUAUCGCAGCUCCUCAAUCUCACUAUCAACAAAACCGGCUCGAAAGGAGGAAUUCGGAACGAGUUUCACUUCCGAAAAGCAUCUCAGUGCGUUCGAGUGGUUAUCUCAAAAUGAAUAUCCCGAGUCACAACUCGACUCGCCACGAACUCGUAGGCCAAUGCGGUUCUGCAUCGCAAAGGGGGCGUGUAGGAGGGGACAAAGGGGAAAAAGAAGCAUUGGAAUUUGAUGUGCACAAUCAGGGAACGAUUAAAACGGAACUGUGCAGCAAAUGGCAAGAAACUGGUACGUGUUCUUACGGGGAGAACUGCCAAUUCGCGCAUGGAAUCAAUGAGCUGCGGCCGGUGAUGAGGCACCAGCGCUACAAGACUGAGGUCUGCCGCAUAGUACUCGCCGGAAACAUUUGCCCGUACGGUCACCGGUGCCAUUUCCGCCACUCUCUUACUGAACAGGAGCGGCGACACCAGCACUCUUGA